AUGGAAUUUAAUAUACCUUUACCAUUAAAAACAAAAAACACUCGUUUGAUUAAUGAAUUUUCUAAUAAAUAUUUAGAAGGUAUUUCUAAAUAUAUAUUAAUGUUGAUGCAAAAUGAAACACCCAAAAAGAAUAUCACUACUUGUCGAAAUAUGAAUUAUUGGAUAGAAGAUAUAAAAGAUGAAUUUAAUGCGAAAAUAUUACCCUUGUAUAUAUAUAAGGAAGAUGAACAGGUAUGGGAUAAAUAUAUAGAAAAAGGACUUUUAAUUAAUUUAAAUAAUAUUAUAGGGGAUGUAUGUCAAAGAACUCCAAUUCCAUAUAUAAAACCUGUAAGAGAUAUAAGAAAAGAAAUAGAAGCAUAUUGUUAUGAAAGAGAUGAAGUGCUUGAAGAAUUAAAAAAAUAUACAUUAACAAACAAAGAAAAAUGUGAAUAUUAUAAUAACUGGAUGAAUGAAAAGCAAGCAUUAUUUCGUAAAAAACCAGCUUGGCAUAAAUAUGCUAAUAACCCAAGAUAUAAAAGUGCUUUCAAAAUUUCAUGUAAUUGUGAUACGGAAACAAUGUUCCAAAAUAAAUUGAACUGUCAAAACGAAUAUCGUAAAAGAAGUAAAAAAAUUCGAAAAUUUAAAAAAAAUAAAAGUAAAACUGCCCUCAAAAAAAAAUCACAGAAAGGAAGUGAUAAUGAAGAAGAUGAAGAAGAUGAAGAAGAUGAAGAAGAUGAAGAAGAUGAAGAAGAUGAAGAAGAUGAAGAAGAUGAAGAAGAUGAAGAAGUUGAAGAAAAUGAAAAAAAAAGUAGUCCAUAUGGAAAAGAAAAAACUAAGGAUGAAGAAGGCACUCCAAUAAAAAAUGAUGAACAAAUUACUAAUCCAACAUAUCAUGAACCUAAAAAAGAAAAAACAACUAAAACUAUAGAACGUUCUUUUGCUUCACAUAAUCCCAGAAAUAAAAUUAUUCCUGUAUCAACUUCUAGUUCCACUACUACUACCAUUUCACCUACUUUAUCAACUAUACCAAAAACAUCUUCUCCAGUAACCGCAACUAGUACUUCUACUAUUACUACAACUACUCCUUCAUUAUAUACACCAAUUACUUCUACAACAUUAGCGCAGGAUGUUUCUUCGCCUAUGAACCCCCCAAAACCUACUACGAAUUUACCUAGAAUACCGCACAAUACAAAUACAAUAUCAGAUACUACAAUAAGUACCAAAAAUAUGAAUGCUUUAAAUAAUGAAGAUGAAAUUAAAUAUAGAAGAUUUCCUGAAAAUAUACAUAAAGGUGAUAAAAUUUUAAUAGAAAAAAUUCAUAAUGAAGAUACAAAAACUUCAGAUGCUUACAAAAAAAUAUUACCAGGUAAAUCUGGUCAAGCUGGACCCCCAGGAAUAUAUCAAAAACGUCAACACACACUUAAAGGUAAAAGUGGACAAUCUAUAAAUAUAGGUAUAUGGGGACAAGCAGGCCAUCCAAAUGAAAAAAGAAGUAAUACUAAGGAAAAUAAACAUAGAACUAUAAUACAAAAAGAUCGAUUUCAAAGAGAAAUCCAUGAUAAUCCAAAUAUUAAAGAUAGAUAUUCAUCUAUAAAUAAUUAUAUAUUAAAACCAACUAAAACAUUUCAUCAGAAUUAUGAAUCAGAACACCAUGAUAAAUCGUCUAGUGGACCUAUUCUGCAUAACGAAAAACCAACAAAUUAUACAAAACCUGAACGUUCUUCUGUUAAAGAACUUAUACGUUACAAUGAUACAUACACAUCAAACCAUUCUGAGUCAAAAUCUACAAAAUAUCGCAAAUAUCCACAACACCUAGCAUCAACCAAAUUUAACUCCACAGUACAUGAUAUAAACCAAAAUGAAAUACAAGAAAAUGUAUUGGAAAAAUUUAACUUAAACCAAAAAAUAUCACCACAUAAUCCAAUAUAUUAUCUUGGAAAUAUACUUGAUAUAAUUGAACAAUUUUUAAUAACACUCUAUUCUAAUAAGGAAAAAACAAAUGAAUUAAGAGAAAAUUCUAAUCCACAAAUUAAUAAAUUAGAAAGUGCUAAGCAAAAUAAAAGUACUUCUGAAACAGAUUCUACUCCUACAUAUAUACCUAUUAUUAAACGUGAAGUUACUGCAGCGCCAAAAAAUGAUCCAAGGGAAAUUAAAGAACAAUUCAUGAAACCACAAACAUAUAAUAUGGAAAAUGAUUCAGCAAAAGAUCAGACACCUAAAAUUUAUCUUCCUGGAGAAUAUCCUCACGAAGUACCAAUUGCACUCCCAACUGAUCCGAAAGAAAGAUCAAAAUUUAUUAUCCCUGAACAAAUUAAACCUAUAAAAACAUAUCCUCCUAUUAUUGGACAUAACAAAUCCAAAACUGCGCCACCUAAUAUUAAUCUUCCUCCUUCAGUUUUGAAGAAAUAUCCUCAUAUUGCUGAAAAGUACAAAGGAUAUUAUGAAUAUACACAAAACGAGGGAUGGGGAAAUGGGUAUGUUGAUGUAUUACAUAGACAAAAUUUUGAUUCAAUAGAUCCACCGCCAACAUAUGAAACAUAUCCAUACGAUAUAGAGAAUGUUAUUACAGGAAAUAAUAUGAAUAAAAAUUUUUCAUUGCCUAAUAAAUCAAAUGAAUAUAAUUUCCGAGAUUAUAAUAUUCCUAAACAUAUUAAUCUACAUGUUAAACCAGAUGAAAGUGCAAAUAAUAUUGCUAAAGUUAUUAAUAUAUAUGAUUAUUUAUCAAACAAUUCAAAAACAUACAAAACAAAACAUAUUGAUUUACACAUUACAAAAAAUGAAAAUUAUCAAAACGGUUAUAGACCUAAAAAAAUUGACAUUCCAUUUUCAAAAAAUAUCAAGCCUCCUCCUUUAUACAGAAACACUGAUAAAAUUAAUGGAAAAAAAGAAUUUAUAAUAACAACAAAAACUCCAUCAGAUUAUACUAAUGAAGAAAUAAUAACUCAUCCAACUGAUAUAUCAAUAAUCAUUCCUGAUGAUUCAAAAAGCAAAAAAGAAGAUACCCUUCAUGGAAAUGUUAAAUAUCCGUUUCCUGAAAAUAUUGAUAAUUCUAAUAAUAAUUUUGACUUCACAAUUACAAAAAAUCCAUCAUUAAAUUAUAAUAAUAUGGAUAUAACAACAGACUCCAAGGAAAUAUCAAAUAAUAUUCAUGACGAUUUAAUAAAUCCAUCAGAAAAUGAUACAUUAAAUCAUAGUAUUCAAAUGAUAGAUAUUCCAUCUGAAAAUGUUAAAAAUUCAUUUUUUGAGAGCUUUCAUAAUUUCUAUAAAAAUUAUAAAAAAACAAAAAACAAAAAACCUUUAUUAAAUUAUGCUAACUCAGAAAAUAUAUCCGAAAGAACUAAAAUACCAUAUAUUAUUCCUCUAGAAGUAACUAAUGGUAUAAAUCAUCCUGAACAAGAGUCAAAUUUGCAUAUAGUGGAAGAAAAACCAGUAUGCUAUAAAGAUGGUACUUAUAAUGAAACAGAAGAAUGUACUAUUGAAAAAGCAUUAAAACAAAAGAAUGUUGUAUACGCUUAUCCUCCUAAUCUAUUUCAAGAAGAUAAAAGGGAAAAAUAUAUCCCUAAAGAAUUAUCUUUUCAAACACCUUCCUUACAUAACAUAUACACUACAUCAACUAUUGAAAACAUAAAUAAUGAAAAUGAAAAAGGAAAUAUUACUAUAUAUUUAAAGAAUAAUAAUAGAGAAAUAAAUCCUCCAGACUAUAAUAUUGUUCCUCACGAAAAUUCCUUCACACAAAUUAAAGAAAUUAAUCGUGCAUCUGAACAAAAAGAACAGAUAAAAACACAAAAUCAAACAGGAAUAAAUUUACAAAAAGAAAAUCCACAAAUAAGUGAACAUACAAUGGUAAAUCCAAAAUCAAAUUUAAUGAUGAGUUUUAAACCUCCACAGGAACCCCAAUAUAUGUACCAAAUGCUUGGGGUAUCACAGACAUAUGAUCAACCAAAUGCUUCUCAGAAUUUACCAAAUAGUUCCGCUCUUGAAGUAAAACCUGAAACAACUAUAACAUACCCACAUUCUUCUGGUACAUUAUUUAUACAUAGAGAAACACAUAAUGGACAACUAUCUACAUUAACUACACCCACCACAUCAGGAAAUAUCACGACAAAACCUUCAGGAAGGUUACAUUCCACAAAUCCUAGUAUUUCUUCUACAUCAGAAAAUUCAGUUAAUCCUUUUACUUCCUUACCUUCAUAUCACCAAAGCGAACAAAGCUAUUCAAAUACAGCACAUCACUUGUCACAAAUAUUAUUUUCUCGUGAAAAAAAUGGAAUGGUUAAAAAUGAAAUACAAUCCCCACAAAUAACUAUCAAAGGAUCAGAUGGAAGUAUUGCACAUUCGUUACAGAGAAAUAAUGGAUACAAAGGUUCAAACAUACUUAAUAUUGUAAUCCAGAUUGCUACACUAUUUGUGGGUGGAUUUAUGAUAAUGGCCGUUUUUCAUAAGCGUAACAUUUUCAUAUUUGGAGCAAAAAAAAAGAAAAAGAAAAAAAAACAACUAUCAUGUUUAGACGAAACAACAUAUGUUCCUGUAUCAGAAGAGACCUACACGGAACCCAUUUCUUAUGAAUUAUUAGAAAAUUAUGAAGAUUUGGAAGAAAAUAAUUAUGACGAAAAUAAUAUGGAAUACAUUUAUCCUGAAGAAGAAUUAAUUUCAAGUAAUACACGUGAAAUAAUAAAAGAGAAUCAAUAUACACAAGAGGAGGAUAAUAUAAUAAAAUAUGAAGAAAAACAUUCAACGCUAAUAGAACAAAAAAAGACAAAAUGGAAAUCAUUAAUAGAAACACAUCUUAAAAUAUUAGAAGAAUAUAAGAUGGAAGAAUGGGAUAUUCACAAAGGGGACUUUUUAGAAAUUUGUUUACAGGAAUUUAACAAUAUACAAGAUUUUCAAGUGGAAAAAAAAGAAUUAGAAAAUGAAACAAAUAAAUAUAUAUUAUAUAAUGAUGAUGAUAUUGAAAGACAAAAUUUUCUAUGGAAUAUUUACAUAGAAAAUAAUAGAUAUAUAUCUGAUCAGUGGAAAAACAAAAAAUGGUUUCAGAAUAUAAAAACAGAAUUGCAGAAUGAAAUGCAUAACUUUAUAAAACAACAACAACAAAAUAUAAAUAUUACAAAGAUGAGUAUUAUAAAUCCUUUAAUGGAAAGACAAAAAGGUAUAUGGAGAGAAUGGAUUAAAAAACAAAACUUCAUAAUAUAUAAUUAUAUAAAUGAAGAAUGGUUUAAGCAAGUGUUAAAAUUAUAUAAACAACAUUAUAAUGUAUCAAAAGAUAAUCUAAAUAACAAUAAAAUAUACAUAAUUAGAAUUUUAACAGGAAUAUUUAUGAUCGUAUUAGAAGAAUAUAUGAAAGAGGAAUGUACAAUAGCUAAAAAAGCAUUUCUAGAUAGAGGAUUAGAAAAAAUGAACAAACGAGAUAAUUCAGAUAUUAACGCAUACAUAACAGACAUAAUAAAUUCUACUAAAAAAAAUAUAUAUAUAAGCAAUAAAGAAGAAAAUAAUAUUAAAUACAAAAAAGAAAAGUGGUACCUAGAAAUGAAAGAAGAUUGGAUUAGAAACGAAUACAAAUAUUUAUCUUCCAUAAAAAAUCAAAAUAUACUUGAAAACGAUCUUAUUUUAAGAGAAAAUAAAUCUUUAAUAGAUAUACAAAAAGAUAUUUCAAGGAGACAUUGGGAUGAUCUUCAAAUAAAAUGGAUAGAUGAAGAUAAUGAAAAUGAUUGGCUAAAAAUAGCUGAAACAAAAUUUGUGGAUAAAAAAAAAGGCAAUUAUAAAAAACCAAAAGAUAAAAAGAAAAAUAUACAACCAAAAAAGGAAAAGGAAACGUAUCAUAACAAAUUAGAAAAACAAACUUAUGUUGAAGAAUCCUUUAAUAAUAUGGAUGAUGUGAAACUUCAUAAAAUGAAAACUGUUAUUGAAAUACAUAUGGAAUUAUUGGAUGAAUCCCAAAGAGAAGAUUGGGAAUUAAAUAGAAAACAAUUUCUAGAAAUAUGUAUAGAAGAAUUUUCCAAUAAAUUAGAGACAGAAAAAAAAAAUAUUAUAAAAUCAAAUGAGUUACAAUUAAAUAUCGAUAAUGAAAAAAUAAUAAAUCAUAUGAUAGAAAAACAAAAUAUGUUCAUUCAAAAAAUUAUGCAAAAAAAUAAAUUUUUAUUAGAAAGGUGGAAAAGAAAAGAAUGGUUCCAUAAAUUAAAAGAAAACUGGAAAAUUCAAGAAAAAAAUAAUAGUAUAACACAAAUCCAAGGUAAUAACAUGGAAAAUUCCAAAACUGAAAGAAAAAAUAUUAUGUUGGAAAAGCAAAAAAUAAUAUGGAAAAAAUGGGUUGCUAAAAAUGUUAUGCAUAUAGAAGAAUCAAAUAAUGAAAGUCUCUUGCAAGAUUUUAUAACGCAUAAUGAAAAUAUUUAUUUUCAAGAUAAAAAAAAUUUAAAUAAUAUAAAAAAUCAAAAUAAUAAUAUAUAUGAAAACAGUUUAAAGAAAUAUACAGAAAAAAAAUUACUUACAGUAAUAUGGAUUGAUAUUCAUAUGAUGGUUUUAGACGAAUUGAAAAAAGAAGAAAUUCAAGAAAGUAAAAUUAUUUUGUUGGACAAACUUAUUGAUGGUUUGAAAAAUAAAAAUGAUACAAAAACAAAUCAGCCUAUAAUACAUAUAAUAAAGGAAAAGAAAGAAAAUAUAUUGCAACAUAAAAGAAAUAACGUAAAUAUAUAUCAACGAGUAAAUGAAAAUAUUGAUUUUAAAUGGAUAAAUGAAGAAUAUAAAAAUUGCAAUAUAUUAAAAGAAAAAAUUGAUAUAUAUGAUAUGACUGUAAAAAAUCCUAUUUUAGAUAUUCAAACAAAUAUUUUGUUAAAAAAUUGGGAAAAUAUGCAGAUAAAAUGGAUAGAUGAUAAUAACGAAAAUGAUUGGUUAAAAAUUAGCACAUAA